AUGACUCGCCAGCAAGCGAGAAUAGUGCCUUGGAGAAGUCGAGAUGAAAUUGAACUGGUGAAAACAAGGCUAUAUUCGUGGAAAUAUGGAGCAGAAGAUGCGAGAGAACGAGGUGUGAUGAAAGUGGAGUGCUGGGAGUCCAGAGGACCUUAUACACCUCACGUGAUUCUCACAACGGCUCGUUUGGUUCAGUUGAAGUUGAUGGAUGAAAGUGGGAAUUUAGACGGUCUCACCAUGAGAAUGGCGUACGCAAUGGCUCUCAUUAGAUUUGUUAACGGUUUACUGGACCCGACGCAGCAGUCUCAGUUCGCCAUUCCGCUGCAUGUGCUUGCGGAGCGCCUGCAGCUUCCGUCCUGGUUUGUUGAGCUCAGACAUUGCAGUACUCACGAACGUGAUUUGCCCAGCUUAGAGAUGCUACGUCUGGCAUGCAGCGAGGCGUUAGAGUGGCUGUGGAGAAAUUACUGGGAUGCGGAGGAGAUGCAACUGAAAGAUGAAAUGAAAGAAGAAGGAAAUCGUGAAGUGGAUGGCCAGGGUGAGAUUUCGGAGGCCUCGGAGCUGCGAAACGGCGCUCAGCGCUUUAUAGAGGCAUUACCCGCUGUGGCGCGGAUUCUCAACUCGGACGUACAUGUGGGGAAACGUCAGCGAGUAUCUUCUAGCUUUACAGGCGGUGUUAAAGUCGUAAAAAAGGCGAGAAACGAACCUUCGCCUGAAGAAAAGAUCGAACAGUUUGUCGGGAUCGCCAAGGAGGCCUGGAAGCUAGCCAAGAAGGGGCCUGACAUCUUUAUUUCGGAAUUUGUUAAGCAGUAUGAUGUUCGCACCCAACCGCUGGUGCUCAGACUACUCGCCGAACGUAUAAACGUGUUCUCAUACGAGCUGUGUCGAUGGAUUUUGCAAGAGUUUGAUAUCACCGUACAAGCCAGGCAGAUGACCGUGCUCCGACGAACUUUUUCCAAGUCCCAGCUGGACAAAUUUGUUACGCAAUUGUGUGACCACGCCUUGGACUACCGCAAAGUGUUUGCACACUGUGAUCGGUGGUCACAGCUGCUGCGGCAGCAUCCUAGUUAUCUUGGGGUGACGAUUUUACAGAGAACGAUAGACUGCACCAAAGUUUUGCCCGAAAAACUACAAAAACGUUACGCAAACGAGAUUGCGAAAAUUAAAGACCAACUCACGCGCGUGGCAACGCGUGCGUCCCCAUCAGAGCUUAACCUUUAUGACAUCGUUAGUUUAUCGAUUGAGAGACCCAAGGAAAGUCACGUGACCCAGACGCCUUCAACGGCGACAAUGGCAUCAACAGCCGCAGACGCGGUACUGGACGACCUAGCGAAAUUGCGGAAGCGCGAGCAACGGCCGCUGCUAUGGCAAUCUGCACCAGUCUGGACUCCACGCCCGUUUGGAACCAUAUAG